AUGGGUCUCCACGCCCGCCGCCGCGACUCGGCUCCCGGCCCCUUCCCGCCGUUGUCCCCUACCAUCUCCAUCCCUCUUCCUUCUCUCCUCCAACCUCAACAACAACAACAACAACAACAACAACGUCAACAACAUCAACAUCAACAAGAUUCCUCCUUGGAUCCCUUUCCCCCCUCCAUCUUCGAAACCCGCCGCCAAGGCGCUCAUGCCCGCCGUGACUCCCUUCCUGGUCCCGCCUGCCUUACGCUCUCGCCGCCGCGCACCUAUGCCCACUCCCGUCGCGACUCCUACCCUGGCCCCUUCCCUUCCCCAUGCGACCAGGAAUCUGACUCUGGCCUCCUCUCUUCCGCCUCAUCACCCCACAUCAACGAUUAUUAUCAUCAUGACGCUUAUUCCCAUACUAGCAAACGCAGGUUGUGUCUCUACGACAAUGAGAGCGACCUCGCAUGGCCGUUUCUCAAGCUGGAGGGUCUUGACCAUGAUGACAUAAGGGAAACUGCGUAUGAAAUCCUCUUCACAGCGUGCCGAUCCUCGCCGGGGUUCGGUGGGCGGAGUGCGAUCACCUUUUACUCGAAGCAUGAUGGGAGUGAUGGCGGGAAGAGUCCGGCGAUGUCACAGACAAGUAGGGUGAAGCUAGCGCUUGGGCUAAAAAUGAUGAGAAGCUCCUUGUCUCAAAGGCUGACGGUGGCGACGGCAUCGCCAGCGAUGGAGCGGAGUCCUCGGUCUCGGUCUGUACCACGACGGACGAUGACGAUGGCGGAAGUCAUGAGGCUGCAGAUGGGGGUGUCCGAGCAGAGUGAUAGUCGGUUGAGGAAAACACUUGUGAGGACGCUUGUUGGUCAACUUGGGCGACAGGCAGAAACUAUCAUUCUUCCUUUGGAACUCCUUCGUCACUUAAAACCUUCAGAGUUCAAUGAUAUCCAUGAGUACCAUUUGUGGCAAAAGAGGCAACUAAAGCUCCUUGAAGCAGGUCUCCUGUCUCACCCUUCAAUUCCCAUCGAAAAGAGCAACACAUUUGCCAUGAACCUUAAGGAAAUUAUACAUAAUGCUGAAACCAAACCCUUGGACACUGGAAAAAACUCAGAUACCAUGAGAACCUUUACCAACUCUGUGAUUUCCUUAUCAAUGAGAACUCCCAAGGACAAUCUCACCAAUGUUUGUCACUGGGCUAAUGGAUACCCUGUGAACAUUCACCUCUACAUUUCCCUUCUCCGAUCCAUUUUUGAUCUAAAGGAGGAGACAUUAGUGCUUGAUGAGGUGGAUGAGCAACUUGAUCUGAUAAAGAAAACUUGGUCAACAUUGGGAAUCAAUAAGCCUAUUCACAAUGUUUGCUUUACAUGGGUGAUGUUUCAUCAAUAUGUGCAAACUGGGCAGGAAGAGCCUGACCUUCUUUGUGCCACACAUGCCACAUUGAGUGAGGUGGCAAAUGAUACUAAAAAAGAAAAUGAGUCCUUGUAUGUUGACAUACUGACAUCUGUGCUCAGUUCACUGAAGGAAUGGAUAGAUAAGAGAUUUCUUGACUACCAUGAGUAUUUUCACGGAGAUGGUAUCAAACAAAUUGAAAACCUUCUCCCCGUGGUGAGGUUAGCAUCCAAGAUUUUGAGAGAUGUCAAAGUUUCUGAUGAAGAAGUUCAAGAGAAAAGAGAUAGAACUACAAGGGAUUCCUCCGAGGACCUGAUUGAUGACUAUAUUCGUUCUUCAUUGAAAAAUGCUUUUGAAAAGAUGAUGGAAGAAGAAAAUGCCAAAUCUACUGAAUUUGAAACAAAGACAGAUAUAGCUGAAGUUAUGAUCCAACUGGCUCAAGAGACUGAACAGUUAGCAAUGAAGGAGAAGCAAAAUUAUAGUCCAGUACUGAAGAAAUGGCAUUCAAUAGCAGCUGCAGUAGCAGCAGUGACACUAAACAAUUGCUUCGGACUUGUGCUAAAGCAAUAUUUAAGUGAAACGACCACACCAAUAAUCGUCGAGGUGAUUUUAGUACUGCACAGGGCUAAAAUUCUAGAAGAUGUUUUGGUUCAAAUGGUAGUUGAAGACUCGGUUGAUUGUGAGGAUGGAGGUAAAACAGUAGUGAGAGAGAUGGUUCCUUUUGAAGUUGAGUCAACCAUAAUGACCCUGAUUAGAAAAUGGAUAGAUGAAUCACUACUUAAAUUGAGAGAGUGCGUACAGAGAGCAAAAGAUAAUGAGGCAUGGAAUCCAAAGUCUAAGUCAGAGCCGUAUGCAAAAUCAGUGGUAGAGCUAAUGACUUUGGCCAAGAAAUUUGUGCAAGAAUUCUUUCAAAUUCCAAUAUCAAUUACUGAAGAUUUAGUUCAAGAACUUGUUGAAGCAUUACAAAAAGUCUUCCGGGAGUACAUAAUGUUUAUUGCAGCAUGUGGUUUGAAAGAGAACUACAUUCCCUCCCUUCCCCCACUAACCAGGUGCAAUAGGAACUCAAAGUUCCACAUGUUGUGGAAGAUAGCUAGCCCAUGCAGUGUUAGUUGUGAAGAUCCGAACAUAUAUUCCUUGUAUGAAGCUAAGCAUCCUCACUCAUGCACUAGCCGUGGAACACAACGCCUCUACAUUCGUCUCAACACCUUACACUAUCUCCUUUCUCAUAUCCCUUCACUUGACAAAUCACUCUCCUUGUCACCUGGAGUUGUUCCUUCAAAUCGCCACAGUUCUGGAAAUAGUAGCAUCACUUCAUACUUUGAAACAACCAACACUGCUAUCCUAGCAGCAUGCCAACAUGUCUCAGAAGUUGCUUCCUACCGGCUCAUGUUCUUUGACUCAAACCCUUUCUUCUAUGAUAGCCUCUAUGUUGGUGAGGUAGCCAACGCUCGGAUCAAUAAAAUAUUGACAAUCCUGAAGCAUAACAUAAAACUAAUGACAGCAAUUCUAACAGAAAGAGCCCAAGAACUAGCAGUGAGGGAAGUUAUGAAGGCUUCCUUUGAUGCAUUCCUAACUGUUUUACUUGCUGGUGGAACCACCAGGGUGUUUAAUGAAUCUGAUCACCAGAUUAUACUAGAGGAUUUUGAGAGUUUGAAGACGGUUUUCUCAAUUUGUGGAGAAGAAUUGUUAGCAGAAAAUAUGGUGGACAAAGAGGCUGAGGUAGUGGAGGGAGUGAUAGAACUAAUGGGAAUGAGUACUGAACAAUUGGUGGAAAACUUAAGUACCUUAUCUAGUGAGACAGGUGGAGCAGGAGUCAAUGGUAAUGGCCAGAAGUUGCCAAUGCCUCCAACUACAGGAAAGUGGAAUAGAAAGGACCCCAACACAAUAUUAAGGUGCGAUCCAAUGAUUGACGUGUUAGAUGCCUUCAUUCUUGUGCCCAUAUCUGUACAAUGGGCCAGCGGAGGUAUGUUCGUGGGUUAUGUUCAUGGUGAUAGUGUGGAGAGUACAUGGACCAGCUCUUUCACCACCGCAAACGUCGAGCGUGUGCUUAUCGAGAAUCUGGAAUAUGAUGAUUGA